ACAAAAUUGACCGGCAGCACUCGCUGACGUAGUUUUUGGGGGUAUUGUUAUAGGAAUGGGGAACGUGUGAACAGCUUGUACAGGUUUUAAAUAGCGUUUUUGACCUUUAGUAUUGUUUAGGCAUAAAUAACCAGGGCAUUUGAUAUAAGGCUUUUCGAACAACUGCAACGUUAUUGGGGCCACAGUUAAAUAUAGACACACUAGUCGUAUAGCAUCAUUUGGCCAGACUGCGCGUUAGCAAAGCUAUCAGUUCGUUAUACUCAAAAGAGACACACAAAGGAAAUGCGUUCGAUUGGUUUGAAUAUAUUAACGUUAACAGGAGCUGUCUAGAUGGUCGAAGGCGAUUAUAACUGUUAUCUCCAAAUACUUCGGAACAAAGACAAUAUCUCUGAUGUAACUUGCAGUCAGUGGAACGGUCUUUGCUAAAACAGAAACAUCUCAGAUUUGACUCCCGACUCUGGAUUUGUCAGCUUGUUAAUACUAUUUUACCUAACUUCGACAUUUUAGCCAACUCGAUGAAUGCUUACAAGUUACAUUAGUGCGGUUUUUCAUGUUAACUGAUGAUAUGUGAAGAAUGAAGAUGCCAUUAUGGCAAUAAUCGAGAAAAGAAAGAUGCCUAGAGGCUCAUAUCCUGAAAGAAAAAGAAGGUAGCUAACUGCGAGCUAGCUAACGUUCUGUGAAGUAGUCGCCUGGUUAGUGUUAGCUGUUCUGAAGAGGGCAGAUCUGUCACCUCUUUCUUGUAGUGUCACAAGUGUUAAAUUGGAUUUGACUGGAUUGUAGUAGACUACCCAAGAAGCUGGCCCGUGUGUAUGUAAUUACGAUAACGUUAGUGUGUUUGAAGUAGGGUUUAGUUAGCAUUUGGCUAACGGGCUAAUUAGUUAGCUGAGCUAAAGCUAACGUAGUCGCUACCCAAUACAAAGUGACGACAGCCAGCUCUUAUUGCUGCUGAAUUCAAGUGACAGGUAGGGAACGAACAGGGAUUUUUUUUUUUUUUUUUUUUUUCCGAGAGUAACAAUGGCGACCACCACAAACGAAGCCUUGUUUUUGAUAAAGGAUGUGAAGCCUGGGUCGAAAAAUUUGAAUAUCGUAUUCAUCGUGUUGGAAAUAGGACGAGUAACCAAAACGAAAGAUGGUCAUGAGGUGCGCUCAUGCAAGGUGGCAGACAAGAGUGGGAGCAUUGCUAUCUCUGUCUGGGACGAACUCGGCAGCCUCAUUCAGCCAGGGGACAUCAUCAAGCUGACCCGAGGCUAUGCAUCCAUAUGGAAAGGGUGCCUAACCCUAUACACUGGAAGAGGAGGAGAUCUACAGAAGAUUGGAGAGUUCUGCAUGGUGUACUCAGAAGUGCCCAACUUCAGUGAACCAAACCCAGAGCUGCUAGCCCAAGCGAACCAGCAAAACAAGUCUGGUAAACCAGACCAGAAUCAGAGGGGUAACUCUCCGCCCAAUCAGAAUUCAGGUACACCUGCUCCACCAGGUAAUGGUGCCAUGCCGCCAUUUGCCAACAACAACAACCCACCCCCUGGGGCACCCCGUGACCCUGCCUUCGGGAAUGUUGGGCGACCCAACGGUCGGUCACCUGGCAAUGGAGCACCUCCUGUUUCUGUUUCUGGACCCCCAACAGCUGCAAAGUCCUCAGUUACCAUUAGUAACGGCAGGGACCCACGUCGUGCCAAAAGAUGAAAUUGGGGCUGGGGGGAGGGGGCAUCCUCGUUUCCCCCUGCUCCCUAUUUUAACCUUUCUGAGCCUUCCCGAUCACAGCCUAGGUUGGCGUUCAAAAUAAUGAAUUAAAUUAGGGACUAUUUGCAUAAUUUUUAUACAAGCUAACAAAGUUAAAUGUGUCGUUUGUCUUUCAAAGUGCAAGUAGUGCUCUCAGCGAGCAGCACAGUGUGAUCGUGAUCCACCACUUGAUGCACUAGCCAGGACUACUUGUAUGGUCAAGCCUUGAUGGUUGAGUUGUGGCCAGCCUCCUCAGUCUACACCCUUGUCCUCUAAAUCUCACUGCAAAUUGCCUGUACUGUGCCAGUGUUACCUCCCCCACACACUGUCCUAACCCCUUUUCCCUGUUCGAACUAUACACCCUACUUGAACACUUGAUGCACUUUCUUCUCUUAAUUUAUGUCGGGGCAAACUUGGCUGUCAUUUAAAUCAGGAAAUGAGUUUCUGCUUUUUAGUGGAAAAGGCCUUAAGUUAGUGAAAAUGAGUUCUUGGACUGAAUGCACAAGCAAAAUAAUUCAAAGGGUCUUCCCUCUCUUAACCAAACUGUAUCCGAAGUGACUCUGUGAAAGGAAAGGUGUUAGUUUUGAAUUUUUAAACUGUUUUUCCAAGACAUGUUUUUCUUGUUUGCCAUCAGUUGUACCUUCAUCAAGGUGGGACCACUUAAAUACUGGCAAAAGGGUUCACCGAAAUAAAUUUGACAGUAAUUUUACUGCCACAUUAUGUUUUCUGUAGUCUGUUUUGAGAGUUAAAACACGUUCUUUUUUUUUUUUUAAUGUCAAUAAAAACUGUGACAUUGGUCAUGCUAUGAAAACAGGUUUUAAACUGCCUUGUAUAGUAAUUUGGAAAGAACCAUUUUUGACCCUUAAGAUGCAAGGAGCUUGAGUAAAGAUGAAUAUUUAUUUAUUGCCAGCACUGAUUAAAACCUUUUUCCUCUGA